UCUCCAGCUCCUACAUCUGCAGGCGCGGCUGGGACGCGCUCCGCCCUCGGCGCUCCUCUGUACUCUGCUGGGCUCUGCUCGCUCUGCGCAACCAAGCCGCUUCCCCGGCCUCCAGCAGAACCAGGCUGCGGCUGCCCCCGCACGAUCCGGCGCACACCCGCUGUGGAUCGUGUCAUUCACAGAGAGGAGAGGGACAGGGAGACACACAAGGGAAUCGAGGAAGAAGCUUCCAUCUCGUCAUUGCAGGAUGUUCUGGAAGCUCUCGCUGACCUUGCUCCUGGUGGCUGUGCUGGUAAAAGUAGCUGAAACACGGAAGAACCGUCCCGCGGGCGCCAUCCCCUCACCUUACAAGGAUGGUAGCAGCAACAACUCAGAGAGAUGGCACCACCAGAUCAAGGAGGUGCUGGCCUCUAGCCAGGAGGCCCUGGUGGUCACAGAGCGCAAGUACCUCAAGAGUGACUGGUGCAAGACGCAACCGCUGCGGCAGACGGUGAGUGAGGAGGGUUGCCGUAGCCGUACCAUCCUCAAUCGCUUCUGCUAUGGCCAGUGCAAUUCCUUCUACAUCCCACGACACGUGAAGAAAGAAGAGGACUCCUUCCAAUCCUGCGCCUUUUGCAAGCCCCAGCGUGUCACCUCUGUCAUCGUGGAGCUUGAAUGCCCGGGUCUCGACCCACCUUUCCGAAUCAAGAAAAUCCAGAAGGUGAAGCAUUGCCGGUGCAUGUCCGUGAACCUGAGUGACUCCGACAAGCAGUGAACUCACCGGGGCAGGAUGCAGCUCAGCCUUGAGCACCCUUACCCCUGGGUUGCACCACCGCCACUUCUGUUGAGCUCACUCACACUCUGCCCAGUGUCCCAGUCAGCAGCAAAUGCAUCUCUUAGGGCUAACAGUGUCCUUGUCACAAAUGAGGAUCACAAGUGAAGCUUUGUUGACUGUCCCAGAUCUAUCCCAGGCUACACCUGUGUCUCUAUAUCCACUUUGUGGGUCGGACACAAAAGAUGUUAGAAAACUCCACUCCCAGAAACUCGACAGGACUUUUCAGGAGAUGCACUGUCAUCCGGGAUUGACGAUUCCACCAUGUGGAAAAGCCAGUCUUUCCCUGGCCACAUCCUACACUCCAUCUUGACUCUUCCUCUGAUGAAGGAUGCAUGACUCUUCUGUCGCAAACUUUUGUUGGUCACCGGACCUCUGUGGUAUGGGCAUUCAUUCUUCUGACCUGGGAGCUGCCCACCCCUGCCUGCCGCUGCUGCGAGGCCGAUGUGUGCAGCAUCUAUAAAGAAGAUGCUCACCUGCAAGGGGUUCUGGAACAAACCUGGUAGCCACGAGGACAAGCCAAACUAAGUGGAUCAAGAAAUGGACAUCUCCAGGAACUGAGGAAGCAAGACUCUCCAGACCUCUGAACACCACCACCUCCUUCUUUCUUCUAAUAGGCCCUAUCUGUAACUCAAGAUAAACUCUGGUGCACAUGCUAUUCCCGCUGCCAUGAUAUCACUCACGAGGUCUCUGUAUUAAUGUCAGUUUUAUAAUUGACCUAUCAUGUUAAAAACAGUUAAAAGUAUUAUCAACAUAUUCAUAUAUCAAGUCACAUGUUUGGACUCUAGCUUUGCAGCACCAUUCUGAAUAGAGAAAAGUAUUUUACAGAGAAAAAACUGCCAGGUCAGCAAUUCACUGCCCACCCUCCCCACCCCCCCACACACACUUUUUCCCCAGAUUGAGCAGGGAGGGGGGACACCUCAUGAUUUUACUUUUAAUAUGACAUCACAGGAGAGACUAAAGCAUCUAGGCCUAGUGUAGAAAUAGGAUGGGGACAGAUGGUGGGGACAGAGGAGUCACUAGAAAGUUGUAAAUCUUGACAGGCACAUGUCAGAUGAGACCUGGUACUGUUUCCACUGCUAUUACACUAAGCAAAAAACUAUUUUCUAGUAAAAGAUAUGUAAGAAUAUAUGGUAUUGAGACACUUUGUGACACAGGCAGAAAUAUAGAGCAAAUAUAGAGGGUAGUAAUGUAGGUGAACUGUCACUCAGAGGAUAGUUUUCUUUACAGAGAAUAGACUCCUAAAAAUACCAAGAAACACUUCGGUCAUCUUCAGCUUUGCUGAUGAGUUGUUGAAGUCUCUGUAGUGUGGGCUUUUGACAGGAGGACUUUAAAAUAAUUUAUUUUCCUUCAAAAUUACACUCAAGUUCAACCUCUUUGUGCAAUUGUCCUAGGGAGGCCUCCCUGUGAAUGGCAGGUAUGGAAUCGUCUGACAAAUGUGAAUGAUAAGCCGUUGGUGGGAAUGAGAAUGGGCUAACAAUCCUGGGGUGAUAAUUUCUGAGUCCAUGCUCUUGCCAAGAAUGGGUUUCCUAGUAUGUGGGAGAGACCCUCCAUAAGCUGCUCUGAGACUCAGGCUUCUGGAGAGUCACCAAUGAUGCUGGCUCGCCAGUCUGCUACUUGGGGAAGGAGGGUUGGGAUGAGCUGGGGAGGGUGUGCCAUGGAUUAUUUUGCCUGUAUUGCAAUAUAAGUUUUCUAGUUUAGUUAAUUCUGCCACACAGUAACCAAGAGUAUAGGCUGUAUGGUUUUGAAGUGGGUAUUAGCUUCUGAAAUGAGAGUGCACAGCCUGGAAUCAGGAGAGAGAAACAAAGGGAAAUGGAAAAAUUGCAGAGGGCUGGAAACCCCAGGGAUGAAGGUAAAAAGUGACGAGGGUGCCUGAGGUCAGAACUACAGUUUUCACUUUUAGCAGGAAAUCUCAAGCUAGACCCAGAGCAGAACACGCAGCAGAGGAGCUGUGAAGGAGAUAUGAAUGUCAUUAAUGGAGGAUAGUGACAGGUAACCAGAGGGUGAGAAGGAGAUUUUCACACCCCGCUGCAAAGCCAGCCCCUGUCAUUCUAUUAAUGGGCCCCACACAUUAAUGGGAAAAGGUAAGCUAGGAACUCACAAAGUAUAUAUGUAAGCAUUAUGUUUUGAUCCCAAUUGUGGGUAUACCCAUGAAGGCUAUAUGAUACGCUGUGGUCUGAGGCUACUUCUUGGCUUAUUGUAUGUAUAAAGUUUACCUUCGUAUGGCUCAAAUUGUAUUUAAGUUGUGUCUUGUUUAUAAAUGAAGAAAAGCUAUAAGUAUAAUGUAAUUAUUUUAUAGGUAUACUAUUAAGUUAUAGAACAAAUAAAGAUACUCUAGGAUUCUAUGUGAUCCUGGCAUCAUGUGCCAUAAAAGCUGAAUUCUGCACUUGUGUCAUGGGUAGCAAAGAAUUAUGGUGCACUCGUAGUGCAUUUAUCCAGCCUCUGGGAGUUCACCCUUGGCCCAUAUUAUGAACGUUCCUUGGGGGACUGGGAUCUUCUAGGAGAAUCAUCAAACAAGCAGAAUCGGUGAAGAUGGCUCUCACCUUCGGUCUACAAGAACUUCAAACCUUUAUUGCGAUACCCACCAACUGAAUACAGAAUGUACUCAGAGUGUUCUUGGAAUAAGAAAUAUUCAUUGAGGAAGUUUUGAGAGACAGAUGCAAAGAGAAGUCCAUCUCCUCUUCACUCCUUAGCCAGUGCACCACACUCGUGUCUUACAGAAGCCAGAGAUUGUGUUGUUUUCUUUCAUUUUAUGUUUACUUUCCACGGGUUUCAACAUUUCUUAAUUUAAACACAUCUCAGCCUCACAGUGCUGUCAUUUUCCUGCAAACUGAGUUAUCUGCCAUUUAAGACAUGCAGCGAUCAAUAAAAGAAAUAAAAACCUUGAUAAAAUUGCA